UGUCAACUCAAAAACACGGAAACUUUUUAUUUUUUCUGGUAACACAAAGGAAUGGCCGAGCUAUUUCUGCAAUGCACUAUUAUUUUACGUUGCUGCGAAUUAAAUUGAGUAACUGGUGUUUAUGUAUUCGCUACCAUAAUUUCGAUUUCAUCAAUUUUAUUCAUCAUUCACGCUCAAUGGAGCGUUGCUGACGUUAGCCAUGACGAUUAACCGCGGAUGCGUUACGGACCGUAGUUCAUUGCCUUAUGUAAAACUGGAAAUGGUGUUUCUUCCGUGAGUGACCGAAAUAUACAGUGACUUAUGUGUACAGUGAAACAGUGGAUGUGAGUUGUGAAAUCGCGAAAAUGUCCAACACGACGGCUCAAGUGUUGAUGAAAAAGGGGAAGAGGGGUGCUGCGGCGUACAUACACGCGGACUGCGCUGGAGGCUCGCCGCAGCACCUGGGUCCCCUGCUGGACGUCCUGCUGAACCCCAGCAAGGCGAUAGACGAGUGGGAGACCAUUGACUGGUGUCGGUGGCUCCUGGCGGGCGGCAGAACCCCCGACGAAUUCGCGGCUAUCGUGCGCAGCUACGACAAGCACGACAAAUGCGGGCUGGUGUGGAUACCGCGCGUGGUCGCGUACCGCUGCCGCACUUGCGGGAUAUCGCCCUGCAUGAGCAUAUGCCGGGAGUGCUUCCACCGCGGCGACCACUCCACACACGACUUCAACAUGUUCCUGUCGCAGGCGGGAGGCGCUUGCGACUGCGGGGACAACUCCGUGAUGAAGGAGGAUGGGUUCUGCAGCAACCACGGCAACAAGUGUCCGCGGCCGGGCACCGCGCCCGCGGAACUCAUGUGCGUCGCGGAGGCCAUGAUGCCGCGACUCGUGCUGCGCCUGCUGCAACACUUUCGUGAGAACAGCACGCUGACCAGCUCUGACAACUACCGCGUGGCGAUCCAGGAGUGCGAGGGAUACGUGCAGAUGCUGAUGGAGUUCAACAACAUGGGGGACCUCAUGCGAGGCGCUAUGACCAAGGCGCUUAUCAACCCACAGAUGUACCGCAACCUGGUGGAGCCGCCGUUCCCGGACACGGAGUACGGCCACUACAUGUGCGAGUCCCACAACAUGUACGAGAAGGCCAUCGAGUCCUUCCCCGCGCCCGAGCCGCCUGACGAAUACCGGGAUCUGCCGGCGCUGGCGCCGCGGCUGACGCACAACACGCUCCUGGACGAGUUCCUGUUCUGGACGUUCAAGUACGAGUUCCCGCAGAACGUAGUGUGCUUCCUGCUCAACAUGCUGCCCGACCAGGACUACAAGGAGCACCUGACGCGCACCUUCGUGCUGCACUACGCCCGCAUGCCGCUCGUGCUCGAGGGCUCCUCCGACCCCGAGACCCUCUCCAACCGCGUCGUGCACAUGUCCGUCCAGCUGUUCUCCAACGAGGCGCUCGCCCUGCGCUGCGUCCGCGAGCUCCGCCUCCUCCACGUCAUGGUGCUCUCUCUCCAGCUCAUGAUGGGCAAGAUCCUCGUGCGCCACACCCUCCACGACCCCGCCCGCAACCGCCACCGCGUCAUCGACUGCACGCGCCGCGUCAUGAAGGAGCACUGCUACUGGCCGCUCGUGUCCGACUUCAAUAACGUGCUGUCGCACCGCAGCGUCGCGCUGCUGUUCCUCGCGGACGAGGCGCUCGUCGACAUGUGGUUCGAGUUCCUCGCGAUGCUGCAGGGCAUGAACGUCAACGUGCGCGAGACGGGCGGCCACAUCGAGUUCGAGCCGUCGUCCUACUACGCGGCGUUCUCGUGCGAGCUAGAGGCGGCCGCGUACCCGAUGUGGUCGGUGCUGGCGCACCUGAGCGAGCCGGCGCAGGGCGGGCUGGCGCGCGGCGUGGUGUGCGCGGCGCUGCGGCGGCUGCGCGCGUGGCUGCGGGCGGUGGGCUACGACCCCGCCCCCACGCCCGCGCUCGCCCCGCCCCCGCCCGCGCACGCCAGCUUCCACUUCCCGCUGCACCGGUACCUGGCGGCGUUCCUGUGCGCCGCGACGCGCUCGCUGGGGCUGCGCGCCGCCGACCUGCUGCCGCCGCCGCGCGCCCUCAUCGCGCUCGCAUACCAUCCGCUCCGAGUACAGAGCCUGUUCUACGAGAUCCUGGCGGGCGUAUGGGUGCGCAACGGGCUGCAGAUCAAGGGGCAGGCGAUGACGUACAUCCAGGCAAACUUCUGCAACUCCAUGGUCGACCUGGACGUGUACUGGCUGCAGGUGUGCGCCGCCCACCUGCCGGCAGACAGCUUCCUCGAUAUGUGUAUUGAUGUUUUCGGCGUGCGCGAGUGGCUGAGCCUGACGCCGUUGUCGCUGGUGCAGGCGGCGGAGCAGGACGCGAUGGUGGAGGGGCUGCUCACCUUCCUCGCCAUACUCGUCUCCUCGCGCACCAACCUCGGCAACGACGAGCUGACGCAGUCGCGGCUGGAGGUGGCGACGCUGCUGGCGGCGGGCGACAAGACGCACUCGCAACUGCUCGAGCUCAUGCCCGAGCGCUCCGGCAACGCCCACACGCGCAACUUCGAGCAGGUGCUCAAGGAGCUGUCAGUAUACCGGGCGCCGCCGCGCGGCUCGGAGGCGCUCGAGCAGGGGCUGUUCGUGCCGCGGCCGGUGGUGUGGCAGCGCUACUACGACCCGCUGCACGUGCUGCGCCGCGCCGUCCACCGACGCGACUUCCACUCCUCCAUGGAUAGAUUCACGCAGUACGUGCGCGAGAAACGGAAAGCGGAGGGCGGUUCAGUGGGCGGAGCGUGCGGGGCGGGCGAGACGGAGGCGGGCGCGGCGCUGUGGCCGCCGCUGCGGCCCGCGCCGCCACCGCCGCCCGCCGCCGGCGAUCCCAGACAGCUUUGCGCGUCAGGUGUGCUACACGGAGCGUUACUAGCGGUACUGGCGCGCGGCGUGCGGCGGCGGGGCGGGGCGGAGGGCGAGGGGGGCGCGCCGCCGGACCACGUGCUCGCGCUCGCCGUGUACCUGCUGGCUGUGGCCGCCGACCUGGCCGCCGAACGCGCUGCUGACCAGCGCGAAGUGUGCCUAGUGGGCGGGGAGGGUGUGGAGUCUGUGGGCGGGGUGCCGCUGCUGCGCGCGUUUCCCGGCGGCUCGGUGUGCGACAACGCGCGCACGCUCGUCACGCACGUGCCGCCGCCGCGACGCGCGCCCGCCAACUCGCCCGCGCCGCGACCGCCAUCUGACAGUGAACCGGAGUGGGAGACAUCGGAAUCGGAAAUGGGCCCGCCCAGUGGAAUGGGCGGGGCUAGUUCGGCGCUAGCGGUGCCGCACGAAAUGGGCGGGGCCAGUACAGCGCUAGCGGUGCCACAUGACCUCAGUGGAGCUAGUACAGCGCUAGCGGUGGCACAUGACCUCAGCGGCGCUAGCACAGCGCUAGCGAUGCAAGAUCUAAGUGGGGCUAGUACAGCGCUAGCAGUGCAAGAUCUCAGUGAAGCGAGCACGGCGCUAGCGGUGCCGCCGCCGCUCGAGCUGGUGCGCGGCAACUCCAUGUCGGAUCAGUCCGACGCCGGGGAUGAAACCGAGAUCAGAGCUCUAGAGAGCGACAUAAACGAGCUGCAGGCGCUGGUGCUGCUGCAGCACAGCCUGCGGCCGACGGACGGCGCGCCCGCACCCGACCACCAGAUGUCGCUGGCGCUGCCCUCCUCCCCACACCACUUUACACCAGAGGAGGAGUGGAGUGUGAUGGUGGGGGACGAGUCCCCGCCGCCCGCGCUGCCCGCGCCGCAGCCGCACGCUGCCCACGAUACGCAGGUGCAAGUCCAUUCGACGAGCGGCGAGCAGAUCGCAGUGAACGAGUCCAUCAUCUCGCUGCUGCUGAAGCUGCACUCGCAGCUGUCGGGCCGCCUCGACUCCUUCGCGCUGGAAGAGCCCGCGCCCGCAUCGCAGGAGCCCAUCGGUGACGGGCCGUUCUUCAUCGCGAAACUACUACACAAGCUGGCGGCGUUGGACGCACGGUGCGCAGCCGCCGUAUCGCACGUGCGGCGCUCGCUGUGGCCGCACCAGCGCGAACGUCAGGCCGAGCAGCGCGCCCGCGAGCGCCGCGAGAAGGAGGAGCGGUCCCGGCGCGCGCGCGAGCGUCAGGCCCAGCUGAUGCGAGAGUUCGCCCGCCGCCAGGCGCAGUUUCUCUCCACGCUGGACGGCGAGGGCGCGCACGCCAUGGACUGGGACGACGGCCCGCCCGAGCGCGACUACGACUGCGUCAUCUGCAACACGACCGCGCCCACCGCGUCGCACGACCCCAUCGGCCUCGUGGUGCUGCUGCAGUCCACCUCCGUGCUUGCGCACCGUCGCCGCACCUCCGAUCCCGUGCGGCUGCCGCUGGCCGAGCCCGAGCGCGCGAGGCUUGCGGCGCUGCAGCAGGCCACCGCCGGCGCCGCGCACGACCGCCUGCUGGAGGAGCUCGGCGCGCACUGGGAGCGCGACGCGGCGCUGCUGGCAGCUGGCGCGGGCUGGGAGGGCGGCGUCGCGGCGCAGUCGUGCGGCCACCACCUGCACCUGCGCUGCCUGCGCGCCUACCUGCGUUCGCUGGCUGCGCCGCAGCGCCCGCACAACCUGCACGUGGAGCGCGGCGAGUUCCUGUGCCCGCUGUGCCGCCAGCUCGCCAACUCCGUGCUGCCGCUGGCGCCGCGCCCGCCCGCGCCGCCUGUGCCGCCGCCCGCCGCCGACCACGCGCGGCUGGCGGCGCAGGUGUUCGAGAUGCUGCAGCGCGACCGGCCCGCGCCCUCGCCCUCGCGCCUGUCAGAGGCGAUGGGUAAGGCGAUGGAGGACAUGACGGCGACGGCGGGUGGCAAGCUCAAGCAGCGCUACGGCUCGUCGCCGGCCGCCAUCUUCACGUUCGUGUCGUCGCUAGUGCGCACCAACCUCGAGUGCGAGCUCGUGCAGCGCUCCGGCCACCUGUGCGCUGCGCCCGCGCCGCGAUACAAACCGCGCGACGACUGCAUCGUGCCCCUCAUGGCGGUGGCGGGCGCGCACGCUAUGGCGCUGGCGGCGGCGGGCGCACGCGACGCGCUCGGCGCAGCGGCAGCGUGGCGCGCGCUCGUGCCGUCUGCCGCGCCGGUCCCGCCGCCCGCGCCGUCCGCGCCGCCCGUGCCGUCGCCGCCCGCGCCGCGCGCCGUGCCGCUGCUGCUGCGGGACCCUACCACGCUGCUCAUACACCUGCUGCUGCUGGCGCCGCCCGACCCCCCGCACCUCGAUCCCAAACACUUCCGAUGCAUCGUGUGGGCGCUGUACGCGCUAACGUACUACCAGGUGGUAAACCAACUAGUGGCGUGCGGGCGGUUCCGCGGCGUGCUGGCUUCGCCGGGGGCUGGGUCUGGCGAGGGGGAGGGGCUGGCGGGCGCGGCGCGGCUGCUGCUGGCGGCACUGGCGCCCGACCACCUGCUGGAUGACGACCCGCCCGCCGACAUGGACGAUGACGACGCCGUGCCGCCAGCUGAUCUCGAUACGCUGGAGUUGGAGGUACAGGAGCUGACAUUGCCAUUCCUGCGCAUCUCGGCGCUGCUCAAGAAGCACCUGUAUGGAUGCGAGCUGCCGCACAUCGAGAGCGAGCGGGAGGAGUGGAGCGCGCUGCGGCAGUUCCUCGAGCUGGGCGGGGAGGGCGGCUCGUUGCCCCCCGGCGCGGCGACGGCGGCGCGCGGCUGGGCGCGGCAGCUGGCGGGCGCGGCGGCCGGCGGCACGCUGGCGGUGGCGCGCGUGCUGCGCUCGCUGCACGCGGCGUGGCGGCCGCCCGCGCUGCUCGCCCUGCCCCGCGAGUACGACCGCCUGUUCACGUACUACCACGAGCGCGUGUGCCUGCAGUGCGGCGCGGUGCCCAAGGAGGCGUCGGUGUGCCUGCUGUGCGGCACGCUGGUGUGCCUCAAGGCGGCGUGCUGCCGGCAGCGGCAGGUGGCGGAGGCGGUGGCGCACGCGGCGGAGUGCGGCGGCGGCACGGGCAUCUUCCUGGUGGUGACGUCGACGUACAUCAUCGUGAUCCGCGGGCGGCGCGCGUGCCUGUGGGGCUCGCUGUACCUGGACAGCUACGACGAGGAGGACCGCGACCUGAAGCGCGGCAAGCCGCUGUUCCUCAGCCGCGACCGCACCGAGCUGCUGCAGGCGCAGUGGCUGGCGCACCGCUUCGACCACACCAAGCGCACCUGGGUGUGGCACCGCGACUCGCUUUGAGGUACGAGGCUUCGGAGCAUGCGGAAAAGCUGAUGGAGCGGUCUGCAGCGCGGCCGCUCCACCGCCACCUGCCGGCGCCGCGACACGCUGCGACACGCCGCGACACACCGCGACUCGGUGUACGGACCACCUGUGCUUCUGAUCUUACGCUUUCGAAAAUCUCAUGUAUCCAAAAUAUCCUAGCAGCCAGCUUCAAUACGAUACGUCGUAUCUCCAGCAUAUUUAAUGACAAUAUUCAAUCCUGAACCAAACUAGUUUUAGCUUGCGACUCGCGAUGUUCGCUACUGUAUAUAGGUCGGGAGACGUCUAGGGCUGUGAAAAUAUUAUUAGUAGAGGGGCGGGGUUGGGCUCGCAAUCGUAGGUGUAGAUUAAAUUAUUUCUCGCGACGAUAUAUUUUGUUUUUACGAAAACAUUUCUCGCCGUAUUUAUUACUUUUGUACUGUGGCAGGAGCGUCCCUAACCAAACAUCGUUGCGGCUGUGUGUUAGAUCUUUCGCCACGUUUAGAUUAUUUUUAGUUUUUAAUAUUGUGUAUAUAGAUGUAAUUAUUUCACUAACUUGAGGUCUGAUGGAAUUUUUUUAUGUUCUGUAUCUCAUAUGUUUCGUUAUCAGUUUAUCUACCAGUUAUGUAUGUUAUCCAUUAUUAAAUUGGUGCUUCAUAUGACUGCUGCUAUAUUCACUGUAAUAUCGAACUAAUACAUAUUAUACAAAACUUUUGUCGCUUUGUGAUUGAUUAGACAAUGGUUAUUUUAAAUGACGUAUAGAUUGCAUACAAAUAAAAAAUGUCCUUAUAUUAUACCUUUUUACUCUCAAUAACUUGAACCGAUAUUGUAGAAAUAGCAGCAUUAGGGCCGGGACACAUAAACACGAUACGACGUCGUGUCGUACCAC